AUUUUAAGAAUGCGGUGUUUAUGAGUUUUAUGCCAGUUUACUGUACCGAAGUAAUUGAUAAAUAUUUUCGCACAAUUCUACUUAUUUUCCUCCUCAUUUCUAAGAUAUGUCGCUACACAUACCACUUGGUAAUAGUACUGUAGCAUUAACAACGUCCUUCGAUUAAAAAUUUAUUGAUUGGUUGAGUCGCUACUUAUAGUUGGGCAGUUACAGUGUUUAAUCAUUUGCACGAUAAUUUAAUCGUGUAAUGAGAUUUUUCAGUCAAGAGAAGAAGAUCCAGCUGACUCUCGAUUGCGGACAGAAGGAGAUUGGCAGCACUAGGUGCCGUCAAUGCCAUAUGGUAUACACAGUUGGCGAUAAAGAAGAUAUCAAAGCUCAUAAAGAGUAUCACCAAAUAAAAUUAUUUCCAACCGUCCGGCUACCAAGAGGACGCCAUGAAAAUAUCAUCAUGGAAAAUUUCGAUGGUUCUCGAGUGACGGAAAUACUUACUACUCUUCGACUUGGAAAAUCCUUUUACGAACGAAUAUCAACACUGAUAAGCCUUGACCUUGGUUACGAUCUACCAUCAGAAGACAGUAACCCCCAUCAUGUUAAGUUGUCUAAUACCUUACAUCCCGACUGGCGUGUUUUCGUCUACGUAAAGGAUCGAACACAAUUAGUCGUGGGUUGUUGCAUUGUUGAGGAACUAACUGCAAAGAAGAUAUCAGAAAAGGGUUACAAACUGAACAGACUGAUUGGUGGACGGAAAAGUCUCUUAUCUUGGAGUAUUCAGAGUGUCGACCGAAAUGGCGAUCAAUGUGAUUUAAUUUCCUCAAAUCCCGGCCUCUCUUGUGUAAACAUUGACGGACCAAUUUGUGGCAUUCGGCGAAUAUGGGUAGAACGUAAAUAUCGUCGGAAGGGAAUAGCCACAAGUUUAUUAGAUGCUGUGCUACAAAACUUAAUAUAUGGUUUACCACUCUCUCGUACACAAGCAGCUUUUUCCGAACCAACUGCAAAUGGCGCAGAUUUUGCUGUAUCUUACAUAGGCCGAGAAGACUUCCUUAUAUACUGAUUUUAUAUUUUUAUAAUGAAAACUGAGCACUUGCAGUUAUUUAUUCUAAAUUUAUAGAGUAAAUUAUAUAUUCACUGUAUUCAGUUAUUUUGAACCAGGAAAAAGCACAUGCCAUUGGUAAAUCGCACAAUUUACUUCGUUCACAGAAUCAUGAUGAACCUGUUACCGUUAAACUAGUUGCACUUGACUUGCUAACUUAGUAGUCUAACUUCGGUUUUACAUGUUCAUUCAUCAGAUAAAUAAAA